UUCUCUUGCCUCCCAUCCUCUGGGCUCCGCGUACCGGAUCGCGCACACUCUCGUCCGUUUCACGCCUCGCGUCUCUCCCGGUGCCUGACUUCGCCAUUUCAACGUCUAAUCGACGCUGCGUCCUUUCAUCGACCUUCAUUGGAAACGCCGUAAAUUUCGAACAGAAUCUGCAUAAUGAGCAUGAACGAAGAUCCAACGUUCAAUAUAAAAUUUUGCCAGGUGGUGAAAAAAUUCCCUUGUUUGUAUAACACAAACCUUUCGGAGUACAGCAAUCGGGCAAUGCAAGAUAUGGCAUGGUUGAAGAUAGCAGAGAUAAUGGAGGAAAAAGCACCUGAAUGCAAAGAUCGUUGGAGAAAUUUGCGAGGAAGGUACGUUAAGGGCAAAAAUAAAGCAAAUAUUCCGAGAGGGUCCAAGAGAAAGCACAAAGAGUAUUAUUUGGCGCCCUACCUCAAUUUCUUAGAUCCUUUCUUGAAACCACCCAGGAGGAAACUGAGGUCGAUGGGCACGCAAGAUACUGAGGGAGGCGACAACGAGAACAGUACCGAUGAAGUAGAAUCUGCGGAUAGCGAAAAAUCUGAGGAAGACUCGCAAAGUGGAGAUAUCGAAUCGAAUACUAAGAGGAAAAGAACAUCCUCGAUAGAGAGGGUGGACGUCAACAGCAUGAACUUUUUCGAUCAGCCCCCGAACAACAAUCCACAACAGGAAAGUUUACCGCAUAGACACGAUCCUCUGGAUCCCGACUUGGCUUUCUUGCACAGUCUUCUCCCGGAUGUCAGACGUAUGAACGAGUCGAAAAAGAGAAAAUUCAAAAUCGCUGUUCUCAAACUGGCGGAUCAGCUUUUAAAUCCAGUAACUUCGGACUGAGGGUCUUAGUGGACUGAAUAUAAAAUACUGUUUGUUUUUAAUUUUUCACAUUUCACAGUUAUAAAAUAAAUUCUUGUUUUGAUAA